GGCAGUUGCAGCCUCACACAGGCUUUCACACGCAUUCCCAGACCCCCUCACACCCCACAAGGACGCCUGUGCGUUUCGCAUUGCUCCCUCCCACUGCCAGCCAAGUUUGAGCCUCAUAAGACUGCGGCGCACACCCAGAGAUUCACCCGCGCUCACGCUCGCUGUUGGGCUGCCUCUGUCCGCCCUCCAUGGCAUCCCAAGCAGCUGUGCUCCUGGCCCUCAGCCUGCUGAGUCUCUGGACCUCCCCUGCUCUGGGCGGUGCCAACGAUGCCGAGGACUGCUGCCUGUCUGUAACCCAGCGCCCCAUCCCAGGGAAUAUCGUGAGAGCCUUUCGCUACCUCCUCAUCAAGGAUGGCUGUAGAGUGCCUGCUGUUGUGUUCACCACACUGAGGGGUCAUCAGCUCUGUGCACCCCCAGACCAGCCCUGGGUGGACCGCAUCAUCCGGAGACUACAGAAGAACUCUGCAAAGAACAAGCGCCACAGCAGUUAGCCCCUGACAGCCCCAGAGGGAGCCCUAUGUCUGAGUGAAGGGAUGUGAGUCACUGCAGCCCUGGGGAACCAAGGAUCAGAAGGAAGGACCAGGCCUCCAGCAAGUCUGCACCAGACCUGACCCAGCCGGGACAGGGCCUGGAGUGUCAGUGUGAGUGUGAGUGUGAGCAGGGGUGAGUGUGGCUCAGCAGGAGCGCAGCUUCUCCUCCACACCCAGACCGCAGUGCUUCCAAUAAAGCCCCCUGGUACCCA